AUGAGAAAGCUCGCCAAACUCCAAAAAAAAACUGAUGCAAUAAUAGAAACUUCUGACAUGACUGAGAAAGAAAAGGCUAAUACUAUUUCAAAAAUGUUAAGUAAGGCGCAGAAUAAGGUCAAGAAAGAAGUAAAAUUGGUUGUUGCUAAAGGCUCUGCCAAAGGUAAAAAAGGCCGCCCAAAAGGUGUUAAAGGAAGAUACAAGAUGGUGGAUUCACGACUAAAAGGAUGCUCGGGCAUUGAAAAGGGUCGACCAUAA